GCAAGUGUGAGGUCCAUGGUACGGAUGCCGCGGGCCAACCCUAAGAUCAAGGCCAGCGCUGUUUCAAGAUUGUUUUUCUUGUGGAUGAUAGAUAUAAUUCGACAAGGCAACAAAGAAGAUUUUGAAGAAGAUGACAUUCCUGAAGCUAUGCCAGAUCAUAAAUCUGAAUUCCUUACAAAUGGUCUUGAAAAAAAAUGGGAGGAGGAGAAGAAUAGAGCAUCAAUUCACAAGCGAUCCCCUAGCCUGACAAAAGCCAUUAUCAGGCAAUUUGGUCUGCAGUUUCUUUACAUGUGUUUGCUGUAUCUUUUGAAAGAUCUAAUCUCUGCUGCUCUAAGUCCCUACUUGCUCGGUGUCCUGCUUCACUUCUUCAAGCCGGCCUCUACUCUCUCUCAGUCCGAUGCACUGCUCACCGCUACCACCCUCUCUCUCACUACUUUCAUCGUUGGACUGAUCACUGUCCAUUUCAUGAACUCUGCACAACUAUUCGCCAUCCGAGUCCGAGCUGCUUGCAUCUCUAUGGUGUAUCGCAAGUGUUUGAGACUAAGUCAGUCUGCCAUGUCGGAGACCUCCCCUGGACAUAUCAUUAACCUUGUCUCUAACGAUGUCGCCAGAUUUGAGCUGGUUACGUACAUGAUGAUGCCAAUGCUUAGUGCUCCGUUUUUGUCCGCAAUUCUAAUAUAUCUAAAUUACCAAAUUGGAGGACCAGCCAGUUUAGCUGGUGCCGCGGCUCUUGUGAUAAUUCUCGUCAUACAGUUUGCCAACGCGAAGUUCACUGCAUAUUACCGUCUAAAAGUAGUAAAGCGCACAGAUGAGAGGGUUCGGAUGAUGGAUGAAAUAGUGCUGGGUAUCCAGGUGAUCAAAUACUACGCUUGGGAGAAACCUUUCCAGGCCUUCAUUGAUCAUGCGAGAAUGUUAGAAUUGAAAAUCCUCCGCAAGCUGUCCUUCCUUCGCCUGUGUUUCAUGAUCUUUUCCCUGUUUUCCCCUCGAGUCAGCUUGUUCUGUACAUUGUUGGUUUUGGUUCUCAGUGAUGCUGAAAUAGAUCCAAGCGAUGUCUUUGUCAUGCUUAUCUACUUCGUCCAACUCGCCAACAAUUUGGGAGGUUUUGUCACUCGAGGAUUUGAAGAAAUUUAUCAAUGUUUGGUUUCCAUUCAUAGAAUACAAGAGUUUCUUCUUCUUGAUGAGUACAGACCAGUGGUGUCAACAAACAUGCAAAAAGCCAAAAAUGAAAAUAGAGGAGGUAUGGAGAAUGGAGGAGUGUUGGUAGAGGGAGAGUGGCGAGGAUCCAUCGUAACUCUUGAGGGAGUCUCCGCUAAGUGGACCAAGAACGGAGAUAUGACACUGACCAACCUCAACCUGGACAUUCAGGCUGGUCAGCUGGUGGCUGUCAUAGGUCCUGUAGGUUCUGGCAAGAGCUCCAUGUUGAACCUGCUACUCGGAGAGCUGAUCAAGAAGGAAGGCAAGUUCAAGGUCCAAGGUGUAGUGUCCUACGCAGCUCAGGAACCCUGGAUAUUCAGCAGCUCCGUCCGACAGAACAUCUUGUUCCACGAAGACUACAACUCUUCGAGGUACAAAGCUGUGUGCAAGGUGUGUCAGCUAGAGAGAGAUUUUGAACUUCUCCCAAGAGGAGACAAAACUCUGGUGGGAGAGAAGGGUGCGUCUCUCUCAGGAGGUCAGAAGGCAAGGAUCAGCUUGGCAAGGGCUGUAUACAAGAAAGCUGAUAUCUACCUUCUGGACGACCCUCUAUCAGCAGUUGAUUCUCAUGUCAGCAAACAUCUGUUUUAUCAUUGCAUUGAAGAGUUUCUCGGUGAUAAGACCAGAAUCUUGGUCACUCAUCAAGUACAGCAUCUUUCAAAAGUGAACCAUCUCAUACUAAUGGACAGUGGCAGAAUAUUGGCACAAGGAACGUUUAAGGAAUUGAGACGCAGCAGGCACAACUUCGCCUCCGUCUUGACCACUCCUGAGCUGGAGAAAGGACCCUUCCAGUUCCUCGGUGUCGAGCCUUCGCUUCAGAGAAAUGUGCAGCGGAGAUCCACAAGGAGUGAGCGGUCUAUAAACGUCGCUGGAGACGAAGUGGUUGAGUUUGAAGAGUUUGAAAAUGACCGAGAAGCUGAGCAGAUCUCUCACACGCCAGCAACCCAGGUGUACCAACAGUAUCUGCGAGCUGGUGUCAGCCCUGCGUACUGCUGCGUAGUGGCAUCACUGUUCAUACUCACUCAGCUCACUGUCAGCGGGUUUGACUACUGGGUGGCUUACUGGCUGCACAGGGAGGAAGAUCGGUUGGUUGAUCCUGAAUCUUCUGAACUCUGGCCUACAACUACUUACUUAGCUAUACUUGGGUGUUUUCUCAUGUGUAUUGCUGUUGUGGGAAGCCUGAGAGGUCUUGCUUAUUAUGAAGGAUGCAUCAGAUCAUCCAGAGGCGUUCACACUCAAAUGUUCCGGUCUUUGAUCAAAACAUCGUUGAGUUUCUUUCACAAUAACCCAUCUGGCCGUAUUCUGAACCGCUUCUCCAGAGAUUUAGGAGCCGCUGAUGAGCUUAUGGCCAAGGCAGUGAUGGAUAUGGGACAGGCGUUUGCUCAAGUUGCUGGAGCCUUGUUAAUCGCUAUAUCAGUCAACUUUUGGCUCAGCAUCCCCAUAACAAUCCUGACAUGUGUUUUGUGGACAGCUCGCAACAUCUGCCUCAACGCUUCCAAGAAACUCAAGCGAAUAGAGGGCAUCAUCCGCAGUCCGAUCUACGCACACAUCAACGCGUCUCUACAAGGCCUAGUCACCAUUAGAGCUAAUUCUGCUGAAAAGCUGCUUCAGUAUGAACUCAGUCGAUACUUGGACAGCAACACCAGCGCAACCCACAUAUUCUACAAUACAAUGGCUUUCUUGGCUCUUGUCCAGGAGUUUGUUACAACUUCCUACAUGACUGUGUGUAUCUUCAGCUUCACACUGUUCAAGUCUGCGUGGUCAGACACCAACGCAGGUCUCAUCAUUACCCAAUGUCUGACCAUGAUGGGCUACUUGCACUGGGGCAUGAAGAUGUCAGCUGAGGCGGCCAAUCAGAUGGUCUGUAUAGAGAGAGCCUUGGAGUACACUCAGUUGGAGCCCGAGGAAUAUGAUCAAGAUGGGAAGGUGAAUCCUGAGCCGAGCUGGCCUCAGUUUGGUAUGAUAGAAAUGCGCUGUGUAUUUCUGAGAUACGACAUCACCGAACCGUAUGUGCUGCGCAACCUGAACCUUACUAUACUGCCACAGGAAAAGAUAGGUAUAGUUGGACGUACGGGAGCAGGCAAGUCAUCCCUUAUUACAGCCCUAUUCCGUCUUGCGCCGGUGGAAGGUCAGAUCUUCAUGGAUGGUCUUGACACUGGCACUGUUCCUCUGGAGCGUCUCCGAUCUGGCAUCUCCAUCAUCCCACAGGAUCCUGUCUUGUUCUCCGGGACUAUCCGGACUAACCUGGACCCCUUCCAGAGGUACUCGGACGCACAACUGUACAGUGUGCUUCAGGAGGUUAAACUGAAUGAUAGUAACCAGGAAUCAGAGUUGCUUAAUCUCGAUACACAAGUGACUGAAGGAGGAGGGAAUUUUAGUCUUGGACAACGGCAGUUGGUAUGCCUGGCUAGGGCCAUCCUGCGGAGCAACAAGAUUCUGGUCCUUGACGAAGCCACAGCAAAUGUUGACCCUCAGACUGACGCUCUAAUCCAGAGCACCAUCCGUCACAGGUUUACCAACUGUACAGUACUGACUGUGGCUCAUAGACUCAACACUGUCAUUGACUCUGAUAGAAUUCUUGUCAUGGAAAAUGGAACAAUUGCUGAAUUCGAUCAUCCACAUAUCCUGCUCAGCAACAGUGACGGAUUGUUCUUCCACUUGGUUCAGCAGACAGGUUUUGCGAUGGCCCGAGAUUUGGCUGUCAUUGCUGAACAGAAUUUCAAGAACUUAUGAUCAACUAGCCACAUUCUUACAACAUUUUACUCAAGAUUGACUACAGUAUUGUUAACCUUUGUAAAUAAACUUAUAUUAUCUAAAAUAUCAAUA